AUGCAACAUCUUGAAGAUGUUUUUCAACUUAUGCAGAAAAAUUCAAUGUAUGCGAAAGCUAGCAAGUGUAGUCUUGUGAUUGAUAAAGUUGAAUAUUUAGGCCAUUUUAUAUCACUAGCAGGGGUUGAAACUGAUCCUAAAAAGGUGGAAGCAAUAGCCAAGUGGCCUACCCCUAAGACAGUUAAAGAGCUUAGAAGUUUUUUGGGUUUGACCGGGUAUUAUAGAAAGUUUGUUAAAAACUAUGCUUCUAUAUGUAAACCUCUGCAUGGGUUGCUUACGCAUGGUAAUUUUGGUUGGAACACAGAAGCUCAAUUGGCAUUUGAGACUUUGAAAGAAGCUUUAUUUUCUGCUCAAGUCCUGGCUGUGCCUGAUUUCUCUACUGUAUUCAUAGUGGAAACAUAUGCUUCUAUUGUUGGUAUUGGUGUUGUACUCAUGCAAUCAGUUUUGAGUGGUCAAAUGAGGGCUCUACAAGAUUAUAAGAAGGUGAUUGUGUUUGAGUAUAGUUUGUGUGAGUUGUUGACUUCUUUGUAUGUUGCUAUAUUGGAAACUGUUAUACCACAAUCGACAAAUUCAGGAGCUAGGCUCCUCUUUUUUGAUGUAUUAAAGCAUCAUUGUCAGAACGCGGUUACACACUCUCCUAAAAGACGGAGAACAAGGAUGCCAAAGAAGGAUUUAGAAACCGGAAAUUUCGAGAAUCUGAUAGUGGAAGUGACUCAAGGGUUAAGUCCAAACAUUGGAGAAAACACAAGCUUCAUUCAGAACAAUUUACAAGGCAAAUAUCUUUCUGGUUCAGAUGCCGCUCAACCUGAUAUCCCGUUGUCUGCUGUACAGCAUUCAGAAGCAGUGAAGCUGAAAAUGCAGUCUGCUGUAGAAAGAGAAGGAACUCCUGGUGAUGCUGUCAAUUUGCAAACUGUCGAGAAUAUAUCACAGGGAGAUGCUGAUAUAGAUAUGGAAAUAGAUGAUACCAACAGCAUAGAAGAUACAAUCUUUGCAAUGAACAAUCAUAAAGACCAAUCAUCCACAAAGACCACAAGCUUAACUCUGACGGAGCUGGCUCAACAGAUGGCUGUUGAUGAUGAUGACAUUGUGAACUCUGUAUGUGAUAGCAGUCAUGUCUUCGUUGGGGGUUAUAAGGUAAAAUCUGAAGACUCGGGCCUCCUCGGCUCUAUUCUUUCCAAGCAUGGGGAUAUUGCUGAUAACUGCAAUUUCAAAACACCAUCAGUUCGUUCUCUGUUCAUACAACAUGUAUGUGACAUUGUUCAAACUUUGAAGAAGACUAGUAUUGCAUUCAUCACUACGAGUGAGCUUGAAAAGAUGGUAGCUGGCCUUAGUGAUAUUGAAGGAGCAUGUAUAGAAGUUGGAUGGCUCGAAGAGAGGCUCGUUGAGAUUUACGAAGCAAAGAAAGCUAUCCCUAUGCUUGGGCCAUCAUCCGAAUUGAGAAAGACUCAAACUGAACGGAAAUUCAAGAUUCAGUGUACAAAAGCAUUUGUGGAAGAGUACAAGAGAGAGAUUGUUAUUAGAGAGGAAGAACUUCGCAAUUUAGAGGAAAAGUUGCGCAUGGCUGAGAGUGUACUUUCUGUUGACGAAGAGGAGGCUACGACAGCAGAAAUGGUGAUUGGUGAGUACAAGGACAAGUUGAGGCGCAUUGUGGAGUUAGGCUCCUUGCAUUGUGGUCUAGUAUGAUUGUUACUUUCGACAAACAGUCACAUUCGGGGUCUACACUCCGAGGAUUGCGCCUUAUGCGAGGAAUUUGAUGUGGUUCGUGAGCAAUGGGCUAAGUUUUUUACCAACAAGUAUUUAUUAUUGGCUUUAGCGCGCUUGAUCGAGUUGGUUUAGUUGUUAUAGAAUAAAUUUUAUAUUAAAAUGUAUGUUUAUGUUGAAAUUGGAACAUAUAUUUAAAUGUAAUAUGUGCACUUUGGUUUUGG